AUGUUUAUUUUAUUGCAUCUCUUCCUUGAAUGUCUUGGAUAAACCUAAACUUUUUUGAAUUUAGAUAUUGGCAUUCAUAUUUUAUAAACAUUACAAGCUACCUCAGAACCAAACUCCAAAAUUAUAGUAAAAUUAGAAUAAAAAAUUUUCGAUUCUACAUAACUUUUGAUUUGUGAUUCAGAAAUCACCUUAUUGAAAGAAAAUUGUAUUUAGGAUAUUAAUUCUUUUGAUUUAAAAAAGAAUACUUAAAUUGUAUAGCUUGUAUAUGGUUUGAAAUUAGAAAAGUAUUAAGAAUAGUUAUUAUCUAUGAAAUAAUUAAAUGAAUAUCCAUAAGUUAUAGGAACCUAUUCAAAAUAAAUUUCAAAUUUCUCUAUAACAAUAAGUACAAUGAAUAUAUUAGAAUGUGCCUCGUAUUUAAUACAUCUUACUAAUUUAGGUAAUGUUAAAAUAAUGGAAUAUGUUAAAAUGGAAUGUGUGAAUGUUUAGAAGGAUAUUUUGGAGCUGAUUGCAGUAUCAUAGCUCUUGAUAUAACUGUAGAAUCUUAAUACCAUAAGAAUGCAUUUUACUAUUUUAAUAUUAAAGAAUGCAACUAAUAGUCUUGUUCUCUUAAUAUCUAAUUCAAUUAAGUGGGUAAAUAUAGACAAACUUGUUAUGCUGAAAAUUGGUAUUUAUUAUAGUAAAAUGUAAUUGAAAAAAAAGAAAUAAAAAUUAUUGAUGUCCAAUCUUGUUUGUAAAAUAUAAAGAAUUAAAAGUUGAAUCCUAAACAAUUUUCAUAUUAUAUUUUUUAUUUUGAAACCGAAUGUGAAAAUUCUCAAUAAUCUAUCAAUUAAGAUACUAGAAGUAUAUUGAUAAUUGUAAUAACAACAGUUGGAGUAUCUAUAAGUCUAUGUUGUUGCAUUAUUUGCUAUUACUUCUUUUUCAGAAGAAGAAAAGAAGAACACUAGAUACUUCCUACUAUGCCCAUAUAUCCUAAGACAGAAAUUUAAAGAUAUCUACCUAAAUAAGUCUAUAAAUCUUUAAUAAUUUAAUAUCCUGGGUUGACAUCCACAGAUGAAUGUUUGAUUUGUCUUGAUAAAAUUAGAGACUCAGAUUAUGUAAGAUUAACUUAUUGCACACAUAUCUUUCAUAUUUAAUGUAUUGAUAAUUGGUUGGAGAAAAAUAGAAUUUGCCCAGCCUGUAGAUCAGAACUAGAUGAAGUUACUUUGAUUAAAGUUGCAAAAUAAAAGAAAAAUGAUUCCCUUAUAUAUGAAAAUAAAGUAAGUCGUUUGUAUGGAGACAUGGGUACUCCAAAUUUGACUAUGACUCCUCAACUUCGAUCUGUCGAAAUGACUUAAAGACUAUGA